AAAGAUCCAGCCAUUUUACCGUCAUGGGAGGGCCAAGGUCACUGGAAGCUCCAUGGGAUCGUUUAGACUUCCAGGACCAGCAAGCGAUUGAGGCCUAUUGUUCAGACCUUGAACGAAUCCUGUCCAUGUCAAAUGAUGGGCAGUCGUUUGCAGAGCAUGUCGCUGCGAUGGACCAACGCUUUCAGGAGGCAUGGUUUACAGCCAAGUUUGGUGAUCCCAACGCGGACCCGAUGCAGGCCUAUCGGACGCCACCAACUGCCGGGGUGGUUCAUCCUCGACAGAGCUCGGGCAGUUCCAUCAGUGCACAGGGGUCGGAGAUUCUCCAGCGCCAUGCUUCUUUACUGGAAGGUCGCUUUGCCAGGCCGCACGCGGUUCCUGCUGCCGCCGGACCACCUCCCCGGGAAGUUUCAGUGCCUCGAGAAGUUCGGGAAGCUCGAGAAGCUCGAGAAGCUGGAUCAGGUGCCUUUACCCGGAAUUUAGCCUCAGCGGCGGGACCUUCAAGAUAUGCCAGCCAAGCAAUAUCAGCAGCUUCUCCAAGGGUUGGACGUCAGGAUUUCUUCCGCCGCUGCGGCUACUGCGGCGCACCAGUGGCACAGGAUGUCGCCUUCUGCAGUCAUUGUGGCUACCAAGUGGAGGCAGCAGACUGGCGCUCCGCUUGGCCCAGGCCACCGCCACCGCGUGUUUGAGAGAGGCCAGAAUCGCAAAACGAUCACUGUGAUCAAUCUGCAGCCCAAUGGCCCAAAAUCAUUAGAUGCCAAAGUUGGUUUUGUGUACAGGUUUUGGCCUCGUGCCAGAGCUGCUGCAGGCAAAUUCGCUGCAUUGGGGACUAGGUUGGUGAGCUACGUUACUACGCUGGAAAA